ACGAGAGCCAGAGGGAUGGUGGUAGUUACAGGGCAGAACAAAGUGAGUGGAAACCCGGAUGAUGCCAUGUCGAGCUCAGAUGCAGAGGAUGAUUUCCAAGAGCCAGCCACUCCUACUGCAACCCAGGCAGGACAAGCACUACCUCUGCUGCCUCAGCAGUUUCCAGAAGUUGUUCCACUAAACGUGGGAGGCAUGUAUUUUACAACAAGACUGUCAACACUGAGACGUUAUGAGGACACAAUGUUGGCGGCUAUGUUCAGUGGAAGACACUAUAUUCCAACAGAUGCUGAAGGCAGAUACUUUAUUGACAGAGAUGGAACCUACUUUGGAGACAUACUUAACUUUCUGCGAUCUGGUGACCUGCCACCAAGAGAACGAGUGAGGUCAGUUUACAAGGAAGCUCAGUAUUAUUCCAUAGGACCAUUGCUAGACAAUCUAGAGGAUAUCCAGCCUCUGAAAGGAGAAAAAGUUAGACAAGCUUUCCUGGGCCUAAUGCCAUAUUACAAAGAUCAUUUGGAACGGAUAAUCGAAAUAGCAAAGCUGAGAGCUAUGCAAAGAAAAGCAAGAUUUGCAAAACUGAAGGUCUGUGUCUUCAAAGAAGAGAUGCCCAUCACACCCUACGAGUGCCCGCAUUUCAAUUCUUUACGUUUUGAAAGGAGUGAAAGUGAGACAAAGCUAUUUGAACAUCAUUGCGAAGUAGAUGUAUCUUUCGGCCCCUGGGAGGCUGUCGCUGAUGUAUAUGAUCUUCUGCACUGUAUUGUGACAGACCUGUCUGAUAGAGGGAUAACUGUGGAUCAUCAGUGUAUUGGGGUGUGUGAUAAACACCUGAUAAAUCACUAUUACUGCAAGCGUCCUAUCUAUGAAUUCAAGAUUACUUGGUGGUGA